AUGAGGGACAGUGGUAGCAGCCUAGCACAGAACCGCUGGCAGGGGCAGCUGGGCCAGGAGGACAGUGGGGAUGGAGGAGGUGGUGGUGUAGCGAUCUCCGGGGGUCACCUGGAGAUCGACCCCACCGCCACCCACCGGAUGCCCAGCCCCAUGCACCUAAAGCUGGGCCAGAAGGAAAGGGUGGCCUGGGAGGCCGAGUACAUGGAGGACGAGGGGGAAAAUGAUGAGGAAGAUUUUGAAGGUGAGGGCUGGGAUGAUGAUGAGGAAGGAGAGGAGGCUGAGGUUGUAUGGGAGGUCCCACACAUGGUCCCCACCCCAUCCCUACAAGAGCAGAAUCAUCAUCAAGCACCACUAGGCGACGAUGACCAUGACAACAACCAGGCCGAACCUGAAGAAAGGGACUUUCCCAGCGUCCCUAUCCAGUCCAGGCUCAACGGGCUCAGGCAGCGCAGGCUGAGGCGCUGGAGGAAGCUCCACUCUCAUGAAGGCCUACGGCUCCGUCUCACCCAGCAUUGGCAGACCUGGCGUCAGCGGGCUCAGUGGGUGGGCACCCUGGGGCACAGGAGGGCGAGGAGGUGGCGUCGGUAUAGUUUGUAUUCCAACCGGCAGAGGACGGUAGCGGACCCGGGCCUGAGCAGCCCACUGUCAGAUGACGAGAGGCUCAGUGGGUCUGAAAGAGGUGAGAUGAUCCCAUGGAUGGUGAAAGGUGUAUCUGACAAACUGAACACUCAGUGUUCGAAAGGGCUGUUGAUAUGAUCAAAACAAUUGAGAGGGUACACUCAAGUCUCUAUUUUUUGCUGGCAAGCAGAAUUCUCUAAUAUACCCACUAUUGGCAAAAUUGGAACGCUCGUGUUGGCACUGGGCUGAUAUGUUUCAAUGAAUGUGACUGUAUGCAUCUCAACAGGUAUCACCAUUAUAUAAACUAUACUAUAAUUAUCUCAUAAUAUUCACUUACUAAACCCUUGUCGUCCCUGCAGAUAACGUGUUGAAUGGUUACUCAGGAGACUACCAGUCCAGUCUGAUGGGUGGUCUCAGGGAGAGUGGAAGAAGGGAAUCAGAGGCCUCAUCGUACGCCAUCGUCAGAGAGAAACCUGUGGAGGUCGCUCUCACUGAGGAACACAUGAGCUGUGUGCAUGGUAAACUAAAACAUUACAUUUUUCUUAGGGGAAAUUACCUUUUCUAGUUUAAAUUAUGUGAUGUAAUGAAGUAACUCAGGGAUUUUCUGCUAAUGAAAUGGAUGAGCGGGGGCCUCCUGAGUGGCGCAGCUGUUUAAGGCACUGCGCCACUUGGUGCGGCUGGCUUCCGGGUUAAGCGGGCGGGUGUUAAGAAGCGCGGUUUGGCGGGUCAUGUUUCGGAGGACGCAUGACUCGACCUUCACCUCCUGAGCCCGUUGGGGAGUUGCAGUGAUGAGACAUGAUCGAAGUUGGGGAGAGAAGGGGGGGUAAAAUACACACACAAAAAAAUUAAAAAUAUAUAUAUGAAAUCAUUGGACGGGCCGCCUAAGCGUAUUUUCAGGUCGCGUAAGUCCAAACAAACAGUGUAAACUUAAACGACUAAAACCAGAUAUAAAGUAUGUAGAAAAGAUAAUGGACCUAUUUUUUUUAUAUAUAAUAUAAUCUUUGAAAAGUAACAAUCACCAAAAUUAAAGCUAGACGGGGAGAAUUGAAAAUGUAUUUAGCAGUAUAGAUUUUGUUACUAUGUUUGAGCAAAAGACCAUAGCAUUAGCCAUGGCAAAAUUGCAGAAUUGCAGGAAAUUGGCUUUAAAACGGCCACAUUUUCUCUCCUCUCCAUGGCAGACAAUGUAGAAUCGCAGGGAAUUUGCUUUAAAACUGCUAAAUUGUGUAGAAUUGACCUCAAUCAAUCUAAUGAUGAACUUAGCCUUAAGAUGCUUUUGGGAAACGGGGCCCAGUUCAAGUAAGAAAUUAAGCUUGUUCUUUUCUCAAAUCAAUGUGCUGGGGUACGAGGUAGUUAAGGUAAUAUGUUCAUGUUGGUAUGGUUUAGCUUUACGCAUCUGCUACCAACAGGAUAUGAAUAUAGGACUGACCUUGGCUGCUCAAGGUCACAGAAUCCUCUACAGUCUGUGAUUCCAUAUUACUCUCCCAACAUUCUGUAUUGUUUUCCCAUCGUCUCAGGGAUCCUGGAUGAGUCCCUCCAGAAGUACGGCAGUCUGAUCCCCAUCCACGCUGACGAUGUGGUGGAGAAACUAAAAGACAUCUUCAACGACAACUUCUCACAGCCUCACAGGUCUGAGACGUGUGCACACACACACACCAAUGUAGUGUACACGUUCUCACACACACACACACAGGCAGACAUGCAAAAACGCACAGACAUGCAAAGCAAUCCAUGCGCAGGUGCACAUUCACACACAGUGUCCACACAUACAGUACACGUACAAACACAGAUGAAACAUAAUUUAUUGUACUGUGCAUGGACACAUACACAGAGAGAGCGACAACCAACACAAAUGAGAAACACAACAUAGCCUAAUAUUUAUACAAUCUGAUAUCCCUGAUGUCUGCCUAAUGUGAGGUGCUUUUAAAAUGUUGGCCAUAAAAAGCCUGGUGCUCUUUGCCAAGGCCAGGUGGAAUGUAAACCAAGUCCAUUUGUCCUGGAGAGUAGUCACGCAUUCCUUCUAGCUUCUACGCAGCGCUCUAAUUUCAGACAUAGAAUUGGAAUGAUUCUAAUUCUAUGAUUUUAGACCUCCAAAUGAGUUAUUUUUAACACUCCUAAUCACGGUCGGAUUGUGAUACAGCUUGGAAUUGAACCAGGGUCUGUAGUGACGCCUCUGAGAUGCAGUGCCUUAGACCGCUGUGCCACUCGGGAGUCCAUAAAAUCUGCUGGAGUGAAUUGGAACAAAGGGAAAGGGACCACCCACAUGAUGAAACCACCCACGUUAUUAGAAUCACCCAAGUUCUGAGUAUGUUGAUGGAAAUGAGUCUUCGUGUUAUAACAAGGCACAAAUGUUACAAAUUGAAGAUCGUGAUGUAAACAAUCUGUGAUGCAACCCCCUGUUCAUCACCAGGGCUUGGGAACCAAACGGAAGAGGAUUUUCCAAUAAGAAACGCUUGUUUUCACUAUGUUGUGGACUAAUGAAUAUGACCCAGCUGUUGUCCAGUGUAAUCCUUGACUGAUACAGUUCCAUCUCAUAUUUCCAAAAAAGACAAGGCGGUAAAAUGCAGAAAAACUUUAGGACAAGUUUCAUAUUCCUCAUCUCAUGCUUCCAUUUCCAACAGGAAAGUAGUGGUUCAACACCUAAUCCAGUCCUACCAGAGGUCGUCCGGCACGGCCAUGGUGCGAGGGUUCCGUGUCAACUACAAGCGUCAUGUCCUCACCAUGGAUGACCUAAGCACGUUGUAUGGACAGAACUGGCUCAAUGACCAGGUGGGUGGGACCCUGUACUAAACACUUUUGUAGCAUGCCAAAUUAACGUCUAUGUAAACGUGUAUUGUUAUGGGCUUGUGAUGUUGCAAUUGUACAUUCUUAUAUAAUAUGCCAUUUAGCAGACGCUUUUAUCCAAAGCGACUUAGUCAUGUGUGCAUACAUUUUUACGUAUGGGUGGUCCCGGGGAUCGAACCCACUACCCUGGCGUUACAAGCGCCAUGCUCUACCAAUUGAGCUACAGAGGACCAUGUAUAUACCAUGUCAGCCUUUUUUACUCUGUUCAUAUGACUCACCUCACUCAUACAGGCGAAGUGUAUUCUAAAAAUUACCAAAAUGAUUUUCAAUCAGCACUUUCAGAGAGCGAUGAACUAAAGUGGUACCAACUGAUAAAAAAAACCUGAAAGUAAAAAAACUGUGCACCGGCUGCCUUUUUAAAUGCGCUUUUGGGACAGAACCGUAUGUACAGUUUUAUCCAAGCAAUAUCGAAGCUCUUUUGCUACAUUUCGAUGUGGAGUGGCCCUUCGCGCUAUUGAGACUGAUCGAUACACUCCCUUAGAUAAACGUGUCUGUACUUUUUGUAAUGAUGGAUCCAUUGAAACAGAAGCCCAUACCUUGCUUUACUGUGGGUUAUACAACGCCAUUAGGUCUUCUUCGUCAGCUUUCCAGACAUUGAUAAUGUUAGCGGUCUAGAUUAAAAUAAUACAUUUUGUAAAAUUCUAUCAGGUAACUAAGUAUUGACACCCCUUGACUUUUUCCACAUUUUGUUGUGUUACUGCCUGAAUACAUUAUUUAUUACAUUUUGAUUUUUUGGUCACUGGCCUACACACAAUACCCCAUAAGUGGAAUUAUGUUUUUAGAUUUUAAAAAAAUUAUCAAAUUACUAUGAAAUGAAAAGCUGAAAUGUCUUGAGUCAAGAAGUAUUCAACCUAUUUGUUAUGGCAAGCCUAAAUAAGUUUUGGAUUAAAAAUGUGCUUAACUCGCAUAAUAAGUUGCAUGGACUCACUCUGUGUGCAAUAAUAGUGUUUAACAUGAUUUUGUAAUGACUACCUCAUCUCUGUACCCCACACAUACAAUUAUUUGUAAUGUCCCUCAGUUGAACAGUGAAUUUCAAACACAGAUUCAACCACAAAAACCAGGGAAUGUUUCCAAUCCCUCGCAUAGAAGGGCACCUAUUUGGUAAAUAUUUAAAAAGCAGACAUUGAAUAUCCCUUUGAGCAUGGUGAAGUUAUUAAUUACAUGUUGGAUGGUGUAUUAAUACACCCAGUCACUACAAAGAGACAGACGUCCUUCCUAACUGUUGCCGGAGAGGAAGGAAGUAGAUAGAUUACAAAAAAUUACAAUUAAAUCAAUUUUAAUCCCACUUUGUAACAACAGAAUGUGGAAAAGUGGAGGUGUGAUACUUUCUGAAGGCACUGUAAAAUGCCUGUGCCAAAGCCUGCCACCUUAUCCUCCAAUGAAGGUGUUUCUUUAUAAGUGCCUAAUUAUCCUUUAGUCUACUUUACUCCAUUUUUUGUUUAUGCCUACAUGUGUAGAGAUUAUGUAAUGUAUUAUAAGGAAAUACUGUACCAUGUUUGACAAUUUUUUUAAAUCUGUAUUUUGUAUAAUCAAUUAUUGUAUAAUUUUUCUAACACUACAAAGCAUUAUAAGGCCACAAAUAAAAAUAAAAUUGUAUUUGUCACAUGCGCCGAAUACAACAGGUGUAGACCUUACAGUGAAAUGCUUACUUACAAGCCCUUAACCAACAAUGCAGUUUAAGAAAAAUAAGUGUUAAGUAAAAAAUAAUUAAAGAGCAGCAGCAAAAUAACAGAGGCUAUAUACAGGGGCUACCGGUACAGAGUCAAUGUGCGGGGGCACAGGUUAGUCGAGGUAAUUGAGGUAAUCUGUACAUGUAGGUAGAGUUAAAGUGACUAUGCAUAGAUAAUAAACAGAGAGUAGCAGCAACGUAAAAGAGGGAGUGGGGGCAAUGCAAAUAGUCCGGGUAGCCAUUUGAUUAGCUGUUCAGGAGUCGCAUACAUGCUUAUAACAAGUAAUAACACACAACUGUAUGCCCCAAGGUGGGACCCUGUGCUAAACACUACGGCCCGGAUUCUAACUUGAUAUUUGCUCAUGUAACCUGAAUUUCUGCAUACAUUUUGCAUACUAUGCAUUGAAAUCAUUGCAUGACUUAUGCAAAAUUGUAUUUGUGUGUAUGUCUAGUUAGGAUUGGGCACUGUAUGCAAAUAUCUGUUACUUUUGAACAGAUUAAAAGCAAGGCAUUGUGUUUAUUCAAUGUCUCUUCUUCUUUAGGUCAUGAACAUGUAUGGUGACCUUGUGAUGGACUCUGUGCCCGAGAAGGUAGGAACAAUUUAAAAUGUAUAAUACAACAUACUUCCAUGAUGUACUACUUCAACAAAAUCCAUAAUAUUUCCCCUGAACACAGUAUAUUCAAUGAAGGAGAAUAUCUGUAGCAUCUGACAUCUUUCUCCUUCUCUCCCAGGUUCACUUCUUCAACAGUUUCUUCUACGAUAAGUUGAGGACGAAAGGCUACGAUGGAGUCAAACGAUGGACGAAGAAUGUAAGGAACCAUAAAGAUUACAUUUUUACAUUUACGUCAUUUAGCAGACGCUCUUAUCCAGAGCGACUUACAAAUAGGUGCAUUCACCUUAUAGCCAGUGGGAUAACCACUUUACAAUGUUUUUUUUUUUUUUUUGGGGGGGGGGGGGGGGGGUAGAAGGAUUACUUUAUCCAGAUAUUCGUUAUCUCAUCGUUUUUUUUGUUACGUUGUCCUCAAUAUACCUGCUUUGCAUUAUCCUUUCUCAAAAAAGCAAUCUAUCAAAUGUUGUCAGUAUAUUGCAUUGUAACUAAAUAUGCAACAAAUUGUGAACCAAUUGACAUUUGUGCACCUGUCACAAAUACAUUGAGGGGACAAAUCUGUUACGCUUACUGUUAAGUGCAAAGAGACCCGGGCCUUAACCCACCAACGCCUGAACAUGUUCCUACCUCUUCCCUCCCAGGUGGACAUCUUCAAGAAGGAUCUCCUCCUGAUCCCCAUCCACCUGGAGGUCCACUGGUCCCUGGUCAGCGUGGACAUCCCCCGUAGGGCCAUCACCUACUUCGACUCCCAACGCACACUCAACCGACGCUGCCCAAAGGUGAGACGGCCAUGUUUCAAAUGCAUAUUUAACUCGGAAGUCCAGUUGCGGUCAGAAUACCUCUUUCCCAAGUGAGACCUGACCAUAGCUUGCAUAGAGAGAAACGUUGCUUUCUAAAAUCUGAGUGAACGUACUCUUUUGUGCCAUACCUUUUUUCUUGUCUAACAUGGAUUUAGGAUUUAGUGGCACCUCGAUUUCUAUUUGUUACAGCACCUGUUUGUUUCACCUCAUUCAGAAUGGUCUGUUUGGGUGUUAAUUUGGUCGUCUUUGAAAUUAUGCUAAAUUCAUGCUUCUUCUGUUUACCACCUCCUCAGCAUAUUGCAAAGUAUCUGCAGGCAGAGGCUGUCAAGAAAGAACAGAGAGAUUUCCUUCCAGGAUGGAAAGGCUAUUUCAAAAUGGUGAGUCGGUUUGACUUCAGUUCUCAUUUCUGACAUAGUGUAAUAACAAUUGCUUUACAUGAAGGAACAACAUAUUUUGUUUGUUUGACAUUGGUGGGGUUAUAUUCUGAGUGUAUUUACUGUUUUGUGUGUUUCAGAAUGUGGGCCGCCAGAACAAUGACAGUGACUGUGGGGCGUUCGUUCUUCAGGUAGGUCCAAGUCCUCAUUAUAAUCCUAGAUGGUCAUACUUACAUUUUAGUAAUUUAGCAGACGCUCUUAUCCAGAGCGACUUACAGUUAGUGAGUGCAUACAUUUUUCAUACUUCUAUCGAGAGCCAUGAUCCAUAGCUGUCCUUGUACUACAAACUUGUGUGCUGAAUUCCAAAACAAGCCCUAGCCCCUACUCCAAGACCUAGACACUCGUUUAGAUUUAGGAUUGGAUAGUUUUAAUAUUGUAACUGCUUAACAUUGCCCUCUGAAUGGCAAGGUAGAACAAUUUGGUGCUAGAGGGCCUGGAUGUUGCUUUGGGGGCCUUUGUGUCCUACACUAGGGGGAAGCCUGAUUUCUAACCCAUCUCUGUCCGUGUUCCUUCCAGUACUGCAAGACUCUAGCCUUGGGUCAGCCGUUCAGCUUCGGCCAGCAGGACAUGCCCAAACUGAGGAGGCUCAUGUACAAAGAACUGUGUCACUGCAAGCUCUCGCUGUGACGCCACGCCCUUUGAGGAUUCUUAACAAAGAAGUGGGGGAUUCUAAGGAGGAAGCGAGGGAUGGUUCAAAUGAACUAUUCUAAACGAGCUAGUGACUGAAAGAAAGGAAACAAACUUUUCAAAGGAAAAAAAAAAAUCCCCUUGACGACGUUGAUAUCCAGAGACUUUACUACUACUACAAGAGGGCAUUUUAUAUUUUCGGCCCCUGUUUUCUGCCCUCUCUUUCUGUUUUUCUCCUCUCUCCCAUGACCUUUUAUUUCAUUUUCAUGGUUGUUUCCUUGUGAUUGACAGAGGCAAUGUCUAUGAUUGUAUCCCAAAUGGCACACUAUUUCCAUAUGUAGUGCACUACUUUU